AUGCGUUCCGUGGAAGGUCUUCACGAUGACUUCGACUGUGCUCCAUCCACCUCAAAUGCUGGAGAACCCAGGCCUGUAGCUGAAGCUACUGCUCGCGAAGAAGAAAUUGUCAAAAUGUGGAUGCAAAUGGAUGAGAAGCUUGAAGAAAACGCUCGCCAGCAUAAUCUUUCAACAUUCAAUGUUAAAAGUAUCCUACAUCACUUUAUCAAAAAUCCCUCAACUCUGGCAAUGUUUAUGGGAAUUGCCGACGGAGCGAGCAGUAGUGGUCUACCGUCUGUGAAAAUAACUCGAUCGAAAGUGAAGAAGGAAGAUUGUAUGAAUGAAUUGAAGUUAAAACCUGUAAAUACCACUUUUUCUUCGAAAAGGCCACAUUCUUUUUUAGAUUUAUCAUACGAUGAUGAAGAAGAUGAUGAAGAUUAUCAACCUUCUGAAUCUAACGCUGACGAAGCUGCUGCCAGUGAAGCUGAUGACACUUCUCUAGAAGGUGAUGCUUCUGAUAACCAGGAGGAGAUGGGCUCUGAUGUUACAUUAACGGAAGAGGUGGUUGGAAUGUCUGUUGAAAACGACAAGGGAUAUGAGCUGAGAUCGCGGACUUCCAAUUUGAAUGAUGCUGCCAUUCACGACGAAUUAGCAGAUAGUAAUAAUGAAAUAAUUAUGACUAGAGAGUCCGAUGUUUUCUUAAACGUAGAUGAUUGUUAUAGAGAAUUUUUGUGUGGCUUACAAGAAGCUGAAACUAAACAAGAUAAUAACCUGGAUGUUGGGGAUGACGAUGAUACAGAUUACAAUCCGCAGGAAGACUUGGAGUUUGAAAAAGAUGCAGUUGAUAAAGAAGAAGUAAUGGUUAAUCGGUUUACGGAGAUCCCUAGAAGAGAAGUUGAAGGGAUGUUUCGAGAUCUACUUGAUGAGAAAACUAUCAAAGAAACGAUGCCAGCUCUUAUUCCAAUAGAAACCGCGAGUCUUUCUGUGUUAGACAAGCUAGACGAGAAAAAAAGAGCGAGAAGAAGUCAGCAUUUUGUAAAAACGGCUGAAGUACCAGUAUAUAACGAUUCUUGUACUUUAUUGAACGAGAGCAUACCCGUUUAUUUCCGGAAGUGUGAAUACGAUCAGCUGCUGAUUCAACUAGAACAACACGUUCAAUUAUUAACGCAAGGUGUAGUAUUGUGCAACAACGACCCAAAACUGUUUUCGACAAAGGACAAGUUCCAACAAAUGAUUAAUGAGCUCGAUGAGAAAUAUUAUGAAUAUGGAGUUAAUUCGUUCUACAACAUCCUCAACCUUGAAGGUUCCAUCAAAACAUGUCAUGACAUCUUGAAAAUAAAGGAAGUUUCCCCUGCUGAUGUAAAAUGGGCGAACUCAAUAUUUCGAAUUGGGUUCUAUCCUCGACCUGAAGCAUGCGUGGCUUUGUCUCGAAGUGAAGCUAUAAUAUAUCCAAAAUUAGUGCCCUUGUUACAACCUGUUGGCGACCAUUCUGCUUCUCCAUUCUGCUCUCCUUUUUUCUCUCCCUGUGAUAACUUAUUACUGGCCUUGGGUCUUUUGCAAUUCGGACAUGUACCAAAUGCAUCUAGGAAGGAUUAUGCCGGAAGAUAUUACAUGAUAACUAAACACGUGCUGAGAAACAAAUCAACAUCUCAGAUCAGGAAUCAUUUGAAAAAUGUCCGAGCCCGAAGGGACAGUAAUAUACUGUAUAAGAUUAUAGCUGAUGCGGAAGACGGUUAUCCCAAUUUGAACAUUUCACCUACUGCUGUUGAAAAAGUGGAAGAUGUUAUGUCCAAGUGGCCGGAUAGUUUGAAACCUGUUUGGUUUAAUGAGUUUUGGAAAGUUUUCGAACUAGAGUCCAUGUACCUGAUUAGAAAAAUACCGAUUGCUCCUAUUCCCCCACUUCUCCCGAAGAGUUCGAGUAAAAAGGCUGAUAAGAAAUCAAAGCAACCUGGUGAAAUUUCGAAACGAUCGUCAAGAGCUUCGUCGACCGUAUCCUCGAUGGAGCUUAGAUGUUAUACUCCAGGUUCAAGAGAAGCGUCUCAAACACCGGCUCGAUGUGUUCCGAUAAACAUGCCAAAUAAUGGAGCAAUUAUAGUUGGUUCUCCAUCAGUAGGAUAUCAAUUGAUCAACAUUUCUGAACAGCAAAUGUUCUUUGUAAGUAAUCCGGAUGAUUCCAUGAAAAUCCCUCUCGACGAACUGAUUAAAACUCAAUCAGAAGGCAUACUAGAAGAAACACUGACUUUGGAACCGUCUGACAAACAGGAGGAAAAGCCUGUGUCACCUCCAAAAAAAAGCAGCAAAGUGGAUAGGAAGCCUCCGACACGGAAAAGAGUCAGAUGUAGCUCCAGGGAGAAAUCUCCGCCUGUGAAGAAAAGACCUCUAUCAGUUGUCAGUGAUCAGAGUGGCACCAUGAGCACGAGAAGCAGAGGAAAGAGAGGAAUUUCUCCCAUUUUGAAAGACUCUCCUACCCCACUAAGAACCAGAUCGGCUUUACGGAAACAGAAACAAGCGAGCGUGGUAGUUGAAUCUGUAACAGAGCCGGAGAAGGACGAAACAUUCAUGGAAAUCACGCCUGAGCCUGUUCUAGUCACUCCAUCACUUGAACCUCGUACAAUAUCAGCUCAAUCUCUUGACUCUGAUGUAUUACCUGCGACAAAUUCUUUGGCGUCGGGAACAAUAUCAGUUUGCAGUUCCAUAUCUCAGAAAAUCAACGAUGAAAUGCGUUCCGUUUCCUCUCUGACACCUACAACCUCAGAAAUGGAUGGUUUACAGCGGCAAAACAUGUAUUCUUCUACUACUGAUUAUUCCGGUUACAUACUUCCAACGCCACGUGAGCAUAGUAGAGUUGAGAUGAAUUCCUGUAUUCCAAGGACUCCUAUUCCCAGAACACCUUCUGAUUCUUCUAUCUCUUCUCCUUUAUGCUUGUCGUUAACAAAAUCUGAGAUUUGUGAGAACACGGUGAUACCGCUCACUCCUCGAGAUGACGAUUGUUCACAAAGCCCAUCUAUUCCAAUUCAAAAACAUAACUUGUUCAGCAAAGCUCAUAUGUACGAAAGUACCUCUCAGGCAGUUCGUUCAUUGUUCUCGCAGGUUGACUCCGAUUCAUGUUCUUCUAAAGAAAACUAUUUUGGCACUAGUGAGCCGAGUCAUUACAUUCCUGCCGAAGUGUCUAAUAAUGUUUAUGAGGGAAUAUGUGAAGCAGCUAAUAAGAGUUUUGAAGAUGAUUGUGAUGAACUUACGUUAGGCUCCAGUAUGCAACACUCUGAUGAAGUCAGAACGGCAGUGGAUGACAUCCGAAAGCGAGGGAAAAAGAGAACUAGAGAAGAGAGGAACACUGAUGGCUGUUGGGGAAUGCUGAAUACCUCUUAUCGAAAUCGGCAAGAAUCUGCAGUUGCAAAAAAAAUAGUUGCUGAUGUGAAACAAAGACUUUCAAUGCACAACGAAGUCUACUCGCAAGUCGAAAGAAUUAUGAGUUGUAGUCUCAAUCAGAAAGGAAAAAUCGCACAGCUUCAACAGCUUCUAUCCAAAGACCACUCGGAUGUUUUGUGUCUUCUAUCACUUUUCGUAGAACCUGAGUCGCUAACCAAACAACUCUUAAAAUGCCCACUGAGGAAAAGUUAUAAAGACGCUUUCAAUAUUCUUUAUUCCAUCGACGCAUACGUUACAUAUGCUAAACUGAGGCCUUCAUCGAAAUUUCUCUUCAGAUCGAUUUCAAAAAUAGAUAACAUUUCCAAUAACAUCUAUGGGUUCCUUCAAGAUAUUUUUGAAAAUGAAAAACCUCUGUGGUCGUACCUGAAAAAGUUUUCUACUUUACCUUUUGAUGAUAGUCCAAAUAUAUCCGAUUACGAGUUUGUUGAUUUGACAAAGAAGGAUGAGUUGUCGGAGGAGAAACACUACGAAUGCAUUUCUGAUUUGAGCGAGAUCAUUGGAACAGCGCCUUCAAAGAAAGGAACGAAACUACAGGUGAAUGGUGAUUACUUGUACAGUUUGAAUGGCAACUCAUACGUCUCUACCAAAGUCAAGUUCUCAUCGGAGAAUAGAAAGAUUGAACAAGUAGAUGAAAGCUUAAUGUACAAAUCACCUCCUCAAUCUCCUUCUGGUAAACGAGAAAGUAUCAUUCCAUGGAAAAAAGCAGAAGAUCUCUCAUUAUUGACUACUUAUACGGGAUUAGAUGGCGAAAUUACGAAUGCUCUACCAGAGUUGAGUAAAUUAACCUCUAGGAGCGAGGAUGAAGUCCGUUCUCGCAUACAAUUUCUACUUUCUUUUGUAUAA